GCUUACAAGUCACUUUGCGUCGCUGUUAGAAGGCGGCUGCUUUUAAGGCUGAGCCGAGAUGUUUGAAAGGUGGAACACUCUUGACCAUGAAAUAUGUUCUCCUUACGUGCCUCAGCCUUUCAAAGUUCUGUGCAUUAGAGUCAGGGAUUCCAUUCUUCCUGGAGCUAAGCGUGGGGCCAGCUGUAGUCAGCCCCCCUUUCUCCUGGAGAAGGCUGAUAGGAGUUUAAAAGGCUUGCGGUGGUCAGUGCACAAAGCGUUCCCAGAGCCCGCGGCGACCCUUCUCUUUUACCUCUGCCUGUUGGAGACCACUUAGAUAUCGGAGCGGACUGGGCGGCUGGAUUCAGGAAGCCAUGAAUCAUGUCACCAGGAGCCAGCUGCAGACUUUAAACUCAGUUCAGCAUGUGGAAACGGCAGAGAAAUGACCUGUCCAGACAAGCUGGGGCAACUCAUAAACUGGUUUGUCUGCUCCCUGUGCGCCCCACGAGUGUGUAAACUUUGGAGUAGCCGGCGUCCCAGGACCAGACGGAACCUCUUGCUGGGCACUGCCUGUGCCAUCUACCUGGGCUUUCUGGUGAGCCAGGUGGGCAGGGGCUCCUUCCAGCAUGGGCAGGCAACUAACAGGGGGCCACCCAACAACCAGGAUAUCUUCAAGGUACCCUUCCCGGAGAUCCCCCUGGAUGGUACCCUGGCCCCUCCAGAGUCGCAGGGCAAUGGAAGCACAUUGCAGCCCAACGUGGUGUACAUUACUCUACGUUCCAAGCGCAGCAAGCCUGCGAAUAUCCGUGGCACAGUGAAACCCAAGCGCAGGAAGAAGUAUGCAGUGGCAUCUGUAGCCCCUGAUCAGGAGGUGCUGGUUAGACCAUCCCUUAUACAACCGGAAGUUGCACGGGCAGCAGAUGCUGAAGUACCUGGCUAUGUUCAGGGUUACCUGACUAAGGUUGGCGAACGACCCUGGAGGAUGCUGCAUGGUCCUGGAGUCAGAACUAGAGGUUCAAACUUGCAGCAGCCUAGGGCCCCAGAGAGUAACAUUAGGAUUUACAGCGAGAGCGCCCCCUCAUGGCUGAGCAAAGAAGACAUCCGCAGAAUGCGCCUCCUGGCUGAUGGUGAGGUGGCUAGCAUCCUACCCACCAUCUUUGAAGGUGGUACCCGCUUGCUGAUGUUGGAAGGAAGCACCUCAGGCUCUGUGCCUGGCUGCGGCCCUAGCCCCUGUGGGCUUCUCAAGCAACCUCUGGACAUGAGUGAAGUGUUUGCCUUCCACCUGGACAGGAUCCUGGGUCUCAACAGGACCCUGCCAUCUGUGAGCAGGAAAUUAGAGUUCAUCCAAGAUGGCCGGCCUCGACCUAUCAUUCUCUGGGACUCAUCUCUAGUACCUUCAAGCAAUGCUAGCCAUUCUUCUGUUAAGAUCACCUGGGGAACUUACCAGCAGUUGCUAAAACAGAAGUGCUGGCUGAACGGCCGGGUUCCCAGACCUGAAUGGGGCUGCACUGAAGUCCAUCACCAUGAGUGGUCCAAGAUGGCUCUCUUUGAUUUUUUGUUACAGAUUUAUAAUCGCUUGGAUACCAAUUGCUGUGGAUUCAGACCUCGCAAGGAAGACGCCUGUGUACAGAAUGGACUGAGGCCAAACUGUGAGGACCAACGUUCUGUGACUUUAGCACACAUUAUCCAGCGAAAGAAUGACCCAAGGCAUUUGGUCUUCAUCAACAAUAAGGGCUUCUUUGACAGAAGCGAAGACAACUUGAACUUCAAAUUGUUGGAAGGCAUCAGAGAGUUUCCUGAAUCUGCAGUUUCUGUUCUGAAGAGUCAACACUUAAGGCAGAAGCUCCUGCAGUCUCUGUUCCUUGAUCAGGUUUAUUGGGAAAGUCAAGGAGGCAGGCAAGGCAUUGAGAAGCUUAUCGAUGUCAUCGAGCGGAGAGCCAGAAUCCUUAUCACCUACAUCAACGCACAUGGAGCUAGAGUAUUACCUAUGAACGAGUGACAAAUGGCUUUCCGCCUCAAGGGCUGUACAUGUGUCACAUUUGGUUUUUCUUUAAUUAAAGAUAUCAACCUUAAGUGUUUCUAGGAAUGAGGCAGCAUAGUUGAAUACAUGAAACUGACGCAGUUUAUAUCAUGAACUAAGUCUAAAAAGUUUGUAGAGUUUAAAGGUAUGCAGAUUCAAGAAGUUUCGGAAUAACACAUUGCUUGCAAAAUGCCUGAUGGUAUUUUCUUCCUAAGACUCUGAUAUAUGUGUCUCAGUAUUGUCAUUGUGCAAUGACCCAAAUGAUUAUUCCUACUGAUGUUUAAACCAUUUUGAUGUCAUUUGAUGGGACAGUAUAAACUGGCUCUUCUAAUAAACCAUUCCCACGACAUUUGACUGAUCUGACCAGCUGCUAGCAGUGAAUUGAUUGACAUCCUCUCAUUGCUGAUGGGUACAACAGCUAUCCCAACCCCAUUCAGAGGCAGUUCUCCAUCAGGAAUUUGAGGCAUGAGUUCUGCAAGAGCAGCAGUCUUAAAACAACUUCUAAGUAGACAUAGAAGUAGAUUCAUUACAAAUGACAAGUAUAUUUUCUAGAGCCUCAGAUAAUCAGCUACCUCUGAAAAACAAAAACCUCUCCUAUCCUUCCCUUUUUAAGAAGUUUAUUGACAGCAUAGAAAUGUCAUAACAAUGAUGUAUUAAUUCAAUUUUGCUGUCUCAAUUUAUGCCCUUUGGUUAGAAAACUAAAAAAGUUUAAGGCAUGUUGUUACCUGUUUGAAAAUUUACUUGUAGAGUCUCUUACUGUUCUUAUUGGUUGGUUGGUUUAAAAAAAAGUUAAGGUUUCAUGUAGCCCAGGCUGGCUCUGAACUCUUUGUUCAUCAGUGGCCUUCUGGUCUGAUGCUCUGUCUCCCAAGUGUUGGGAUUACAGACAGGUAUGUGAUGCCAUGCCCUGGAGUGCCCAGUAUCACACUUGGGUCUUCGGUCAUGUUAGAGAGACACUGUAUGACUAUGCCCAUAAACCUAGACCACUUUUAAUGAAUACUUAACAAUUUGUCAUUUUAUAAAGGAUAUGCUGUAAUUUAUGAAGUUUUUCUUUGAUCACAGAAGACUACAUUGGUAUAAUUAAGUUUCAUCUGAUUUAAUUGAUAUUAUCUAGGUAUUGAUAUUAAAUACAUCAUAUAGAUCAGUUCAAUACAAGAAGUCGCAAUGAAACCCAACACACAUGACUGGAUCUUCUCACAAAGAGCACAUGGAUAGAAAGCAUAUUGCAACAAAUUAAGCAAAAUUAAGUCUCAAUUAAUUCUUCCCCAAAUCCCUCUACCAAAUCUUUCAUUGGGUUGAAAGAACUGAGACACAAGGUUCAUGCUCUGAGUCUUUUUGUCCUGGGAGACUUUGCCAGGUCAUUCCUUAUCCUACUUAUAUGGAGCCUUUGAAUCUAGAGCAAAUCAUGUCUCUCUCGAUUUCAACUCUUCUAUGCCUUAUUUGAAAGGCCAUGAUUAGCCAGCUAUGGUGAUACAUAGCUGAAAUCCCAGCACCCAGGAAGCUGUGGAAGGUUUGCAAGUCUGAGGCCAGUCCGGUUCAUAGUGACAUCCUGUCUGAAAUGUGCCCCUCCCUUCAUAGAAGCUGAUUUAUUGACUUUUUCUUCUUUUGGAAACUUAAAAAUAAAGCAUUACACAUUUUUAUCAUA